AAAACAAACGGAUUUUCUUCCUAGAAUAUAUCUUUUUAAUACAGUUUUACGUAGUUAAUUUAGCGUAAACUACAAGAAAAAUGUUUCCGAGCAUAGCUAGCUGUGUUAGAACAGCAUCUAAGCGAACUACGCCAUUAUUGAGUUUUGUCCGGACUCACAAAGCAGCGUAUGAAGGGGAGGGUAAAACCACAGUGCGAGUGCUGAACCAGGAACAAGACCUGGGCUUGAUGAUCGACGCUUACGCCACGUUCGGGUUCCGGUUAAACAAUGGUAUCACAGUCCUGGGUCCGCUGGCUAUCUUCCCUCGCACCAUCCUGUCCUGGCAGGUGCCACACUCCGACGCCAUCACACCGGAGUCCCUGAGGCUCUUCAAAAUGCUGGAGCCUAAAAUGGAUCUCAUCGUUAUCGGCAUGGAGAGUAAGGAGCGCAGCACGAUAACCAAGGUGUUCAUGGCGGCCAAACAGGCGGGGCUCACAGCGGAGAUACUGCCCGUAGAGCACGCGUGUGCCACGUUCAACUUCCUCAACGCCGAGGGACGGACGGUGGCCGCGGCGCUGAUCCCCCCCCUCAACUUGGAGCCCAACGAGAACGACAUGCUGCAGUCCCAGCUUCACUACCAGAACCUCUACAAGCAAGACCUCUCUGGAUAA